UUCGACCUGACUAUAGUUAAUGCUUGGUCAGCGCUUUAUUUGAUAUUGUCAAACAGUUCUUAGAAAUUGAUAUUUGAUAUUGCCAAACAGCACAAGAAGUCAAUUACCCGUAACAUUAUGGGUAUGGGCGUUCAUUCAAAUCUUCGUAAUGACCUUUGGGAGUCAACUUCUGGAGGAUAUGACGAAGAAUUUGAACGACCGUUGGAAGAAGGCAGACACGUGUGUCCUAUCUGUCGUCUGGGUCUGCGAGAACCAUUUCAGACAAGCUGUGGGCACAGGUUCUGUAAAGGCUGCAUAAGGCGGUCGAUGCGGGAUGCUGGUCGCAAAUGCCCUUUGGAUAAUGAACCGCUAAGUGAAGCAGAGUUGUAUCCAGACAACUUUGCAAAGCGGGAAGUGAUGAAUCUCAAGGUAUUCUGUCGCAUGAAGCAACGCGGCUGUGCCUGGAAGGGAGAGCUUGGCAAGUUGCAGGAACAUUUGAUUCAUUGUGACUUUGUGGAUGUAUGGUGCUCCAAAACAUGUGGAAGAGAAAUGCCUAGAAAGGACCUUAAAGAACAUCUGGAGAAGGAAUGUCCAAACAGAACAAAACCUUGCAUAAACUGCAAAAAAGACAUAAAGUUGAAUGAAUUAGAGGACCAUGUUUGGAACUGCCCAACAUUCCCUGUGAAGGGUGAUAGUUGCAAGGAAGAAAAUGUAGCAAAAGAAAAUUUGCUACAUCAUUUGGAAGAUGGAGACACAAAAGUGUUCAUGAAGUGUCGUUACAACCGUCUUGUGGGAUGUACAUUUGAGGGUCGGCCAGCCGAUGUCGAGGCCCAUGUGAAGGAGGUAGUUGGCCACAAGAAGGAUAUGGCCUCGGACAUCGAAAAAAUCGUUGUAACUGGGUAGUAACAACAUGGUGUGAAAAGGCAUCAGAGUUCCGAAAAAUGAAGUCAAGAAAAUGACUUCAUCUCCCUCGAAGAGCUGUACCUUGUCGCGGUGUGGGAGCUUCUGUACUCUUGUGAUCCGCAGAGCUGUGCCGGAGGGAGC